AGUUAAAGAUGAAUCUAAGGCAUUCAGAAAGUCUACAGAGAUUGACGAAGCAAUUGAAUGCGGCCGCAUAAGUGAAAUUAGAAUCGAAAGAGAUGAAGUACUCGAUACUGCCAAUAGCCCCCAAACUGAAGAAAUGUCGUGUACUUCCAGACCUAAAAAUAAGAAGAACCCAUGGUCAGAAAUGUUUGUUGGAAGAAUGACCAUAAUCGGAACAAUAAAAUGUAAAACUGCCUGA